GAGAUUUAACUACUGCAGAACAAAGAAGUGAGAAGCGGUCUCCAAAUGAUUUUGCUCUGUGGAAGAAAAGUAAAAGUGGAGAACCUGCUUGGGAAUCACCAUGGGGACUUGGUAGACCAGGUUGGCAUAUAGAAUGCUCGGCAAUGGCUUCCGAUAUUUUUGGGCCAACUUUGGACAUUCAUACUGGUGGUGUUGAUCUUAAAUUUCCCCAUCAUGACAACGAAAUAGCUCAAAGUGAGGCUUAUUUUGGUAAUCCAGACUGGGUGAAGUAUUUUCUGCAUUCUGGACACCUAACUAUUGCUGGUUGCAAAAUGUCAAAGUCAUUGAAAAACUUUGUCAGCAUUCAAGAUGCUCUUUCCAAGUAUAGUUCGAGGCAAUUAAGGUUUGCCUUUUUGUUGCAUUCUUGGCGAGAUACCCUGGAUUAUAGUCCAAAUACCAUGGAAAUUGCAUUACAAUAUGAAAAGUUGUUUAACGAGUUUUUCUUGAACAUUAAAUGUGCUGUGAAAAAUAUAUCAGUUGAAAACACAACAUUCAAUACAUUUUCCAAAUGGUCCAAUCAGGAAAAAACUCUUAGCAACAAAUUCAUACAAACUAAGGAAAAUGUGCAUAUUGCUUUAUGUGAUAAUGUCGAUACCAGAACUGCUCUGGAAUCACUAAGAGACCUUGUUACUAGUAGCAAUAUUUAUUUGAGGGAGAGGAAGCCACCAAAUUGUUUGAUGUUACAUGAUAUAGGUCUGUAUGUUACAGACAUGUUGAAAAUAUUUGGAACUGUAUAUCAGUCUGACACAAUAGGUUUUCCUAUUUCUACUGAUGGAUCAAACAAC